CACUCAUCUAUGUCCUUCCAGACACACACGCACACACACACACACACACACACACACACACACAUUUCAGUCUGUCUGUACUGGCUGCACAGAUACUUUGCGUUAACGGGUCCACAUUUAAUCCAGGGGGGAAAGCAGCAACAAUGACGGACGCAUCCACCAACAUGCGGCUGAAGCUGCCCAUCGUCUGCUUCAUCCUGCAGAUCAUCCUCAUCAUCCUCUUCGGCGUGCUGGUCCAGUACGACGAUGAGGUGGACGCCAAGAAAUGGCACAUGGGCAACCACUCAGACUACGAUAACGACUUCUACUACCGCUACCCCAGCUUCCAGGACGUUCACGUGAUGAUCUUCAUUGGCUUCGGCUUCCUGAUGACCUUCCUGCAGCGCUACGGCUUCAGCAGCGUGGGCUUCAACUUCCUGAUAGCCGCCUUCGCUCUGCAGUGGGCCACGCUCAUGCAGGGAUUCUUCCACGGCAUGCACGCCGGAAAAAUACACAUCGGAGUAGAGAGCAUGAUCAAUGCCGACUUCUGUACGGGCUCCGUGUUGAUCUCCUUCGGGGCGGUUCUGGGCAAAACCAGUCCCGUCCAGCUCCUGGUGAUGGCGCUGUUUGAGGUCACGCUGUUUGCGGUGAAUGAGUUCAUCCUGCUCUCCGCCCUGGGGGCCAAGGAUGCAGGCGGCUCGAUGACCAUCCACACCUUCGGGGCCUACUUUGGACUGAUAGUGGCUCGAGUCCUGUACCGACCCAACCUGGACAAGAGCAAACACCGAAACAGCUCGGUGUACCACUCGGACCUCUUCGCCAUGAUCGGUACAAUAUACCUGUGGAUGUUCUGGCCCAGCUUCAACUCAGCCGUCACGGCCCACGGCGACGACCAGCACCGCACGGCCUUGAACACGUACUACUCGCUGGCCGCGUGCACGCUGUCCACUUACGGCAUGUCUGCCCUCACCGCGCACGACGGAAAGCUGGACAUGGUCCACAUCCAAAACGCGGCUCUGGCCGGCGGCGUGGCUGCGGGCACCGCGGGCGAAAUGAUGCUCACGCCCUUCGGAUCCAUGAUCGUCGGCUUCCUGGCCGGAAUUAUCUCCGUGCUGGGAUUCAAGUUCCUCUCUCCCAUCCUGGAGGAGAAGCUGAAGAUCCAGGACACGUGCGGCGUUCACAACCUCCACGGCAUGCCCGGCAUCCUGGGCGCCAUCGUGGGCGCCGUCACCGCCGCCGUGGCCUCCUCGGACACCUACGGAGACGGCAUGGCCGACGUGUUCCCGGACGUGGCGAGUGGCGACGUGGACGCGUCCUUCCAGGGCGUCCGGCAGGCCAUCUCCUUGGCGGUGACCCUGGGCGUGGCCCUGCUGGGGGGGCUCAUCGUCGGCUUCAUCAUGAAGUUGCCAGUGUUUGGUGCACCUCCUGACACCCUCUGCUACGAGGACAGCAUCUACUGGGAGGUUCCUGGAGCCGAGGAGGGCCACGAGGACCAGCUGACCACUGUCGUAUCUGCAGAGACUGAGAAACUCAACGGCUAAACAUGCAGAGGCACACACACACACGCGCGCGCACACACACACACAUGCACACACACACACACACACACACACAGAAAUUAGUGCCUAAUAAUGCCUGCGGUGCUCUCCUUGUCAAAGGGACAUUUCCUCUCCAAAAGGACAUGAAGAACAAAAGCAGCAGGCUUCCACCUCUAGGUGGCGCUGUGCUUCAGGCCUGCUUGGGAAGUGAGACGCUUUGAUAACGGGUGCCAGUCAAUCCACAAAGUGGGCCACAGCACAUCAAUGCUCACUGUUGAAUCGCCACACCAAAGAGCAGCCAAUUUCCUUCACUCAAAUAUUUAGAUUAUUCCAAAGGUCGGGGGUUUUAUUUGAUAUUUUUCCUACUAAACUAGUACAACCGUUUUUUUAUUAUUGGUCCUUAGUGUUUUCUUAACCUCUGAAUAUUCCCAUUUGUAUUCUAGUGUGUGUUUUUUAAGGCAAGGUAUUAUUUUUGUCCAAAUAAACCUUUUGACUGUGUAAUGGUGGUGUCGUAUUAAAUUGCACACAUUUUGCUAUGCCAAGACA